CUGAGAGAGGAAAACAAUUCUGGACCAAUCUUUCUUUACAAUGAGAGUUCCACCCGAUGUGGCUGCAGUUUCCUGUCUUUGUCCUCUGGUUAUCUUCCUAUGUGUCGUCUCCCAGAGUUGUUGUGGGAUCCGGGUAAGUCUGAACCCUCACAUCACCUACCCAAACACCAGCCUGUACCCUCAUCUGGGGCCCAAAUCACAGCCUGGAACGAUCCCGCUCCCGAGCUCCAGUCCUGAAGAAGAUACGUCUCCACUGAGGUCCAGCCAGCUCUCGAGUUCUCGCCAGAACCUCCGGAGUAAGCCUCAAUUAAAACCUUGGGAUCUUACCAGCAACUACAGGUCCAACACAAAUUCUCCGUCAGAAAUCUCCAAGACCUCGUCAAACUCAGACACAGAGCUCAAGCCACACAUUGAGCCCAAACUGAACUUUAUUUCACAGCAAGGGUCGGUGAGAAAUAUCUCUAAUAACCCAAAGCAGUCUGCAGAAUGGAAACCACGGAUCAGAUCCCAGCCAAGCCAAAAGCCUAGGACACUCCCAAAGUCUCCUGUAGGAACCAGAACUAGCAUUGAAUCUGAGUCAGGACCUGUAACUAAAUUAACUACACUAUCCAGUCUUAACCAUAAGUCCAACUCUUCAGGUUCUGUUCGAUCCAGUACUGCCAAAAAACCCAGUCCAGCAUCACUAUCAAGACCUAAAUCUCAUGCCAGACUCAGAUCUCCGUCACAAACCAACGCCAAGAUCACAAACCAAAACUCGAAGUCACAAAGGAACCAGACCAAGUCAGUGGAGACAGACAAGGAUCCCCCCCAGCGGCCCAGGAGAGGCUGGAUCUGGAACCAGUUCUUUGUUCUGGAGGAACACAUCGGACCUGAACCUCAGUACGUUGGAAAGCCCGUGUUCGACUCCCGAAACGGAUCCAGUGUGAUAGACGCGAGCCGCCCGACGGAGCGGCUGAUGGACCGCGGCGCGCACAGACUUUCUUGA